ACGCUCGUCCACACCCAGCUGCACUACCGCCACCUCGAACGCGCCAGGGGCGCCGGGGCGUCCGCCGCGUGGUUCGACGUCGAGGUCAUCCCGGACGGGCUGUCGCUCGAGGCGCCGCCGACGACGCUGGAAGCGCACCUCGAGGCGCUGGAGCGGAACUGCCUCCAGCCGUUCAAGGAGCUGCUGCGCGCGCUGGCGAACAGGGCCGGCGCGCCGCCCGUUAGCUGCGUCGUCGCCGACUCACCCAUGUCGUUCGCGUCGCUGGCGGCGCGGGACGUCGGCGUGCCUGACGUCAACUUCUUCACGGCGUCCGCGUGCGGCCUCAUGGGGUACAUGCAAUUCGAGGAGCUCAUCAAGAGGGGUCUCGUGCCGCUUAAAGGAACUGGCUACAAAAACGACGGCAGCCUCGACGCCCCGGUAGACUGGAUGCCGGGGAUGAAGGGCAUGCGGCUCGGAGACAAGGACAUGCCGACGUUCUGCCACACGGCGGAAGCCGACGACGCGCUGCUCCGCAUCCACCUCCACCAGAUGCGCGUCCUCGCCGGCUCCAGGGCCAUCGUGAUCAAUACUUUCCACGACAUCGAGAUGGACGUCCUCGGCGCGCUCGCGGCCAUCCUCCCGCCCAUCUACACCGUCGGCCCUCUCUCGACCAUCAUCACAUCGCUCCCAGCGAGAGGCGCCGGCGAGUCGACUUACGCGUCAAACCUCUUGGAGGAGGACAAGGAGUGCAUGGCGUGGCUGGACGGGAAAGAGGCUCGCUCCGUGGUGUACGUGAGCUACGGUAGCCAUGCCACCAUGAGCGCCGACAAGAUAAAGGACUUCGCGUCCGGUCUCGCCAGGUGCGGCUCCCCGUACCUAUGGGUUCUGCGGCCCGACAUGGCCGUGGACGUUGAGGUCGGGCAUGACGGACUCGUCGUGCCAUGGUGCGCCCAGGAGGCGGUCCUCGCCCACCCGGCGGUGGGGCUCUUAGUUACGCACUGCCGGUGGAACUCCAUCCUGGAGGCCGUGCUCGCUGGUGUGCCAGUGCUCAGGUGGCCGAUGAUAUCGGAGCAAACUACUAAUUGUAGGCAAGUAAGAACGUCAUGGAACAUCGGGGCCGAGCUGCCACAGGAGGCGGGGAGCGAUGAAAUAGCUGCACUAGUGAGAGAGAUGUUGGUCGGCAAGAAGGGGGUGGAGGCCAGGGAGAGAACGUUGGAGUGGAAGAGGCUUGCUCAAGAUGCUCCCAAAGAAGGGGGCUCGUCCUACGUUAACCUCGAUAAGUUCGUUGAGGAUGUGCUGCUCAAAGGCAUGUGAUGUUAUUUAUUUGUUCAGUUAACUUUGUCAA